AUGCAGAAAGAAAAGCUGACUGGCACAGUAAAGGAAGAAGAGACAGUCAAGUUUCCUGUAAAAGGGGUUGAGCAGAGCAUAUUCCGUAGGGAUUUCAAAAUACAGGGAGUGGUAGGCGACCCCGGUCAGAAAGAAAAGUUGGGUUACCAAGCCCUAAUAUCACAAAUAGAAGCAGGGCUUACCAAGGGAUACUCCGAUAAAGAAGUAGUUAGUGCCGUAGUUCGUGCUGUACAGCCAGGUCUACAACUAAGAAGCUAUUUAGAGACCAUGGUUGACCCCACCCUACCAAGGUUGCGUAAAAUUCUUCGCUUCCAUUUUCAGGAAAGAGAUGCCACAGAACUUUAUCAGCUUUUAACAAAUAUUGCCCGGCAGCCUAAUGAAGAUCCUCAGUCAUUUUUAAUGAGAGCACUAACCGUUAGACAGAAGAUUAUUAGUGCUUCAAAAGAGUCGGAUAGUGGGAUUAAGUAUGACGCCUCUUCAGUACAAAGUUUGUUCCUGCAUGCCGUGGAAACAGGUCUUGCUGACGAAACCAUUCGUGCAAAAAUAAGGCCACUCACUCAGAACCCAAAGGUCGCAGAUGAAGACCUCAUUGGAGCUAUGAGCCUAGCCAUAUCUGCAGAAGCAGAGCGAAGCAAUAAGUUUAAUCAUGCCAGCAAGGGGAAAUCUGUAAAGGUGUCUGCUGUCGAAAGUGCAGCUGAAUCAAAUACAAAGAAAGAGCUACAGAAGGACCAGCAGGUUCUAGCUACACUAAAGGCUGUGCAAGCAAGGCUAGCUACCAUGAAGGCAGAAGUUAAAAACCUGCGUGAAGCAGCAAGCAACCAGAAGGCAGACCCUAUGAUGCCUAGUUAUGCUGGAAAUGGAGUGAGCACUGGAGCAAGGCCACUUGGUUGCCAAGAGUGUAGAACGAAGAAGGAAGGUGACCGAUGCCCACAUUGCUACCUCUGUGGUGGCUUGUACCAUAUUGCACGCUACUGUCAGUCAAGGUCCAGAAAUUAUUCGGGAAACGCACCCAGGCUACCCCCGCGGGACAGGGAGUAGCCUCGCCAGAAAAAGAGAAGUCCCACCAGUGUAGUGGUUGCCUGAAGUUUGAUUGUCACACACAAUUAUUACAGUGUUCAGGGUGCCAGUCUGUUCGAUAUUGUUCUGUUCGUUGUCAGAAGGCCCAUUGGCCAAAACACAAAGUGUUGUGCAAAGCAAUCAAGGAACUCUCUGAGAGAGGAUCUUUUAAAGAAAAGGGAUUAGGAGAUACCCAAGAUAGUGGUGUGUAUGCUAGUCACAUUUCACCCAGACAACAGGAGCCCAUAGCCAAACUGGUGGGAAAGAAGUGUUCAGUGAAGUGCUACCUGGACGAGAAGCCUACAGAAGCUUUAGGGGACACAGGGGCCCAAGUAUCCAUUGUUUCAGCAGACUUUCUGAAGAGCCAACUACCAGCAGUCCAAAUAAGGGAUAUUGAACAGUUACUUGGCACAGAUAGAUCCAUAAGCUUGCAAGAAGAAAAUGGAACAGAUAUUCCUUACUGUGGGUGGGCAGAGAUUGAUGUACGAUUAGCAAAUGAAAAGGAGACCGAAGUAAGAGUUCCAUUCUUAAUAACAAGGGAGAUCAUUGACCAACCUAUCAUUGGUUUUAAUGUCAUAGAACUAAUGGUCAGGAACACUGAAGAGGAAAAUGAUGAUGUUCUGCUUAACAGAAUGUCGAAAAGCUUCAAAAAGUAUUGA